UUAUUUAACGAUAACAUGGACAUUAAUUCAAAAGUUUCUCAGUUGUGUUUUUUAUUUGUGUGAUUUAAAUUUGACCUGAUAAAGAAGAGGCCAACUUUCCUUCCGACUUCUUGGCUGAGGACGCCGUGUUGCCAUGACAACGGCCGGACUUCAACAUGGCGUCCCUUCUCACGGAUCCUCUGCUGGAAAUCUGUGGCCGAGGACCUGCUCCCAACAAGAACUUCUACUAUCUCACUGUGAACAAGUCCGAUGUGAAAUGGAGAUGGUGGACGAUAUCCCUGCGAGCUGUGGACAGGUACGCCAAGCCUGGGGAACUGAGGGAAUCUCACCAGCAGUUCCUGGACAACACCUGGCUGCAGAGUGAGGUCAGUUUGGUUUUCGGUCGUCCAAUCCUUCAGUACGCCAAGGCUUUGUGCCAAGGCCAUUUUGAUUAUCUGGACAAGCUGCCCGACUCCUUGCUUCUGCAGAUAAUAAAUUAUCUUGAACUAGAGGAUGUGGGUCAGCUUGCACGAACUUCACAUAGGUUCAAGAAGCUAUGUGGGUCAGAGGAGUUUUGGGAGCAGGCGGUGCGCCGGCGCUGCAACACGGUUCCAGUUGACGUGGAGUCUCUGGCUGUCGAGGAGGGCUGGCGUGAAAUCUUCUUCACCAGCAAACUGCAGCUGCAGAAGAAGAUCAGCCGCAUGAGGCUGAGGAUGGAGGAGCAACGGGGCAGACAGGUUUCCUCGGAAAGCCCGGAAACAAACCAGACGUCUAGUUCGGAGGAAGAAUGUCAUCAUGGCCUCAUUGGUUUUGAUCAAAACUCUUGCUGUGUUGUGGAUCCUGACCUCAGCCCUGAGCCUGAGGCUGCCCCUGAUACCAGUCAGUGAAGAAAUUAGGUACAUUGGGGGGGGACACAAACACACUGUUGCAGAGUUGUGCACUGAGAAAUUGGUAAACGAGACAACAGUACGGAUACUAACACAUGACACCUACCUGAAGGUUGAGUUGGAUUCAGUGGCGUUUAAAGGUUAAGUUGCACAUUGAAACCCGAUCUCUAAUUUCCCCCUCCCUUUGUCAGCCUAUCAUACUGUGUUUAAAAAUCUACGGUGGCCUUCAGGUGACAUAUUAAUACAAGAGGUCCUCUGUCCUGUCGUACCAUGGUGGUGCUACAUGACAGACGCCAUAUGUCUCCUAAGAGAUCCCCCUAGAUCCUGCAUACUGGACGUCUGAGCCUUCUGUCCAAUUUCGACUUUGUACUGUUUCUUUGUUCCGAGAAAACUGUUUGUUUCAGGGCUAGUGUUAUAUUUGUAUGUCAUAUGUACACAUUCCUCUCCCAUCCAACUUUUCUGUAUCAAAUUUAUUUUUUACAUGAUUGUUCGGUAUAAGUUAUUGGAUAUUUGGGGGAUUUGUUUAAUUCAUAUUUCUACUGUGCCAUUACUUUUUCUGACUUAAUAGACAUUAACAAGACCAACAGAAGAUAUAACAGGAAAUUGUAUACUAUAUUUAUUGCUCAUUGUAAUAUACAAGUUACAGUAAAGAACAUUGUUCUCAGUUCUCAAGAAAUAAAGUUGUUAUACAGCUA